UGUUUCAUUAUGAACAUGAGUGUUUCGAAAAUUUUCGCCUAUCCUUGUGGACCAGCGAGAAUCAUUCUCCGUAAUGGGUUGAUGCAAGAAAUGAGAAUGGCGAAAUCAAUAUCGACUGUAAAUACUAAAGAUGUUGAGCAUCACUCUAAGUUAGCAAAAAUUUGGUGGACAGACAUGCAUAUGCUCCAUCAUUUCAAUCCACUUAGAGUGCAAUUUGUGAGAGAUGGUCUGGCUAAUACCGGUUUUAAAGAACAGACCCCAAGCUUGCCAUUGCAAGGGGUUAAAAUUGCAGAUGUGGGCUGUGGUGGAGGUAUCCUAAGUGAGGGUUUGGCUAGAACAGGGGCUGAAGUAACUGGGAUAGACGCAUCAGAAGAAUUGAUAAAUGUUGCUAAGCAGCAUGUAGAAUUGGAUUCUGAUAUAUCAAACAGAAUAAACUACAUCUGUAUAAACAUUGAAGAAUUUUCUGAUAAAAAUGAGAAACUAUAUGAUGUUGUUAUAUCUUCUGAGGUUAUAGAACACGUAAAUAACCAGGAAUUAUUUCUAAAAGAAAGCAUAAAACUUCUGAAGCCUGGUGGAUCAAUUUUUAUAACAACACCAAACAAAACUCUAUUGUGCUGGUUGGCAGGUAUUGUAGUGAGUGAAUAUAUUAUAAAUGUAAUACCUCGUGGCACACAUGAUUGGAAUAACUUUAUUCCGCCACACGAAGUUCAACGUAUAUUGAGAAAUAAUGGUUGCAAAACUAAAUUGAUUCAUGGGAUAGUAUAUAAUCCGAUAACAAAGCAAUGGUCUUGGUCGUCCAGUACAGCACUUUGUUAUGGUCUCCAUGCAGUCAAGGAGAAAAUCGAUAGAUAAUUUCUAGGGCAAAAUAAUAUCUAAUAUAUGCAGGACUAAGGACUAUGCUGUUCGACAUAUUCGAAACUUAAUUCGAAUAUAAUUCGACAUUUGAUGACAAAGUUCGAAUAUUCAAUGUCGAAUCGUUCGAAGCUUCAAAUUUUAUUCGAAAAUUCCAAAUAUCGAAGCUGUUAAUGCAACCAACUCUCUUGGAGAGUGCAAUAAAUAAAAUGCUGUAAAGAAUAUCGGUUUAAUCUAGAUAAUAUUAAGCCGUUUUAAAACGUCGUAAAGAUGUCUUUUAGACAAUGAAAUAUCUAAAGGACGUCUUUUAGACAUGUUUUGU